AUGAAAGGAAUGCGUUGCCACAUUAUCAUAGUUAUUAUGAUUUUGGAGAGUUCUUUGGCAGUUGGAAAUUCAAAAUCCAAUCUAGAAGAGGUCUACGAUAGACUCGCCACAAUCACCCGUAUCACAAAUGCAAUCGUUUUGCAAGCCGAAGGACUUCGAAGAAAUUUGAAUGUUCGAGACGUGAUUGUGGAGACACUGGGUGUGAGUCCCAGAGCGUUUUCGUCACUUCUUGAUAUCGAUUCGAAUAAAUUGAGUUCUGCGAUGACUGAUUUAAUGAAUAGAAUAAAGCAAUUAAACUAUGACGUAAAGGAGAAGGAGUGGAAGGAUUUGGCAGAAGCGGGAAAGUGGAUACAAGGAUUGAAUGACACAAAAGAAGCUAUUCAAAAUCUUCGAGGCAAAUUUGAUGGAGGAAUUGGAGAGAAACUGAUUCACGGCUAUUUUAAUUUCAUUUACGACAAACAGGAGGAUGUUGAGACGGUUUGGAAUAUGACAACUGAUGUACUCUUGAGUUGGAAUACAUUGAAGAAAACACAUGGGACUGAUCCAGAUAAAGCGAUGGCGAUAUGGCGGGGCGAGAUGCAAAAUAUAAACUUGCUAUUGUCAAAAGUAAAUGAUCUCAACACCUUGCUGAAGGAUUUCAACUUGUUCACUCCGACAGUUUCCUUGGUUUCCGAAAUUUUGGAUGGUUUAAAGUUGUUCGACUCCUCACAGACAUCAAAUUUGGUCCCCAUGAAGAGUAUGCUUGAGCAAACUCACGGAAUAUGGAAGAAUCCGUAUGAUUCGGAGAGAGUUGGUGGAUCGUUUAAUAGUUUUGUGAAGGAGGCUUUGGAAAUAUUCAAAACUAUAAUGUGGUCAGAGUGGAAAUGGACAACUGGAUUUCCGGAUCGGAAUAUGUCAAAAGUGAAAGAGGACUUGGAUAGUGAUUGGUUUCGACAGAAAGUGGCAAAUGGGAGUGGUGUCGAGGAGCUUCGAAAAGAACUUUCUGGAUUCUUCAAGUUUGGAGAGCUUGUAGAAACAAUUGAGAAAAGUUGGACAUCAUUUGAAACCGAGUUGAAUGAAUCUCCUGCAAGGGAUGUAUCUACUGCCAUUGGGAAAUUCGAAAACUAUACGGGCGGUUGGAAUGGAGAAGCACUGCUAAGAGAUACUGAAGCAAACUUUAAAACAUUCUUUUGCAACUUGGAUUUUUCUAGUUCUCCAUCGUUCAAUGCUAUCCGAGAUGCUAUGUCAUUUUCCGGGAUCAGGUUACAGAAAUUAGUUGAGAAAAUUUUACAAGAAGAACCGAAGAAAGCAUUCAUACAAGAAUUGCAAAUGAUACAAGAUAAUAAGACGAUUACUGCUGCGGAGGUUAUGGAUAAGCAGAAUUUCAAGGCGAUGCACAUAAUGAUGGGGGAUAUAAAGGAUCUUGAAUGGAGUCUAAAAAAUUUUGUCCGUUACCAGAAUAAUUUCUCGGAAAAAUUCAUAAACAAAAAGGAUGAGGUUCUAAAAAAUACAACGAACGGAAUCGCUGAACUAUUGAAGUCUGGAGAAUGUAUUGAUACCUGGUUGAUUGAUACUCUCGAACUAACGGAGUUGAGAAAGAUGAUUGAAUUUUUCAAACAUGUUGAAAGUCUUCUAAAUUUUCCAGACGCUUCUAACGUGCUGGAUGUGAUACAGAAGUUUGUAGAGAUGAAAAAUAUGGUUUUAAAGGCAGAAUCAUUCUUUGAAGAUAUCAAAUCAAGCAACGAGAGUCUUGUUUUCAAACUGGAAAAUCCUGAAGAACUACUGAUAGAUCUCGGGAGAGGGAUGAACGUGCUGAGGGAUAUAAAAGAAGCCUUUGUUAUGAGAGACACCCUGAUUGCCUCCACAAAUUUCUCCGACGACUUGAAUAAAGUAAUCGAGGAAAGAGUGGAGGAGUGGAAGGAUCGAAAGGCAAUAAUUAAUAAUUUGAUUGAAGAACUUGAAAGUCUCGACAAGUUUUCUGCUGGUAUAAGAAAUGAAGAGGUCCUGGAAAUGCGGGGGAUACUGGAUGAAGCGGCAAAUACAGUUCAUGGUUUCCCAGAAAUCUUUCCAAGGGUUGCUGACGCAAUGGCUGACGCAAAGACUGAAGUAAUAAAUUUGGACUUUGCUUCUCAUAGAGCGGAUCUGAUAACUGCUUCAAUCGGUUUUGAAAAGCUUCAGAAGUAUCUCGAUGAGAUUUUCAAACCGGAAGCCAGAGAGGAGUCUUAUUACCUAGUUCCGAUUUCCAUUUGCAUCGGAAUAUUUUUUCUCAUUCUCAUAUGUUUUGUCGUGAUGUUCGGGUUGACUGAAACUGGUCAUAAGCUUAUUAAAAACUGGUAUUUGUCUCAUUUCGCAAAACCUGAAGAUUUCGAGAAACGGUGGAGGUAUUCGUAUUUUUUGGAUGGAAAAAAUGAGAAGAACUCGUUGAUUAAGGCUGUGCAUAGUAAUAACACCUGUAAAGCAAAAGAUGCUGUGAUGGAUGGAGCAUAUAUUAAUGCGUAUGACGUUAAUGGAGACACUCCUCUCCACGUGGCAACUAAAUGUGGCUACCAAGAACUUGUGGAAAUGCUCAUCAAGAAUGGAGCAGACCGUACCUGUCUGAACGCUCAAAAUAAGACACCGGAGCAAAUGAUGAAUAGUGUGCAUUCGGAGAUUGAGAAAAUUUAUAAGAAGUACAGAAAAAAGACAUUCCGACCUCGGUUGCCUCAAGAGUUCCCGCCGGUUUUGUUUCGUAUUCAUAUCGAUAAAAGCGUGGAUUAUGUGGAUACUGGAGCGGCGAAGCAAUUCAGAAAAAGAUUCCAGCCUAUUACCACCAGCACAGUCCGUUCCAUUACAACCCAUUGGAUCGUAAGAACUGACAACGACGGAAUACUGGAAAUUGAUACAAUUCAAAUGGUUUACUGGAUUACUAGCGGAGUGAUAAUAGUGAAACACUCAUGGCUAGAAGAUUGUGUGAACACUGAAAAGCUUAUGAAGAAAGAUUGUGAUUACUUGGUGGAGAAGGUCAAGUACAACGGUGUUGUCUAUGAUACAGUAAUACCAUGGGCCCGUGCGAUGGCUAAAGGAGAAAUGCCGUAUUUGAUUGGUGUCUUAGUGUGUAUUUUCAUUCCUCAGCACGCAGAUUUGAAUGUUAUAUUGAAAAUGAUCCGUGUCCAUGGUGGAAUGUUCUGUAUGCCAAACGAUCUCCCCGACAAAUCGUGCUUCGAAGCAGGAAUCCACCCGUAUCUUCAUGCUCACUUAGGACCUGUUUUCAUCCUUCACGACGCGAAAGUCAAUGUGGACGUGUACAGAGCGGAUCCGGAGAUUUACACGUUGUUCACUGAUGUGGAGUUUGCUGUUUUUAUGCUGAUGAGAGGAAUCAAUGUGGAUACGAGAGGCGAUCCAAUUUCUAUUGUCAGAAGAUAUGAUUUUUUGAAUACCAUAUAA